AGCGACAUCGACAGCUAAAGUCGAGGAUUCCGCAUAAGACUACAACAAAUAACACGCUAAUGUGUGUGAUUGUAGGUGUUCCCACGAUAUGCGAGUAAAGGACACAGCGUGUAUUCAGUUAUUUUAUACCUUCACAUUACAUUGUGAACUGGUCACCGAUCGUUCUCAAAUAAAGUUUGUUGAAAAUCCCUUCUUCUGACGUUAGUCCUUCUUCCUGUUUGCAAAGAUGGAGGCAGAGGGAAUAUCGGCCCCGCUGUCACUCUCUGCGGAGUUUGAGGGGUCCUUUGCCUAUCUGACCGUGAGAGACAGACUCCCAACCAUUCUCACAAAAGUGAUCGACACGUUACACCGCAAUAAAGACAAUUUCUUCAAACAAUAUGGAAAGGAGGGGGUCCAGGCAGAGAAGACGGCCAUCUCCUUCCUGUCCAGGCUGAGGAAUGAACUGCAGACAGACAAACCCGUGCUGUCUCUGACUGAUAAUGCUGAGGACUCAGAGGCCUGGAAUGAAUACAUGCGAAGACAGCAGGACCUGAUGGAGGACGGGAGGCCUGUCAGCUGGUUCAAGUCUCCAUGGCUCUAUAUGGAGUGUUACAUGUACCGGAGGAUCCAAGAGGCUCUGUAUAUGAAUCCACCGAUGGAUAAGUUUGACGUGUUUAAGGAGGGAAAGACGCAAAGCUACUUUGAAUCUCAACAAGCCAUUAAAACCCUCUGUACAUACCUUCAGGAGCUCAUCACUAACAUGGAGAACAUGACUGAGAUUCAGCUGCGAGACAACUUUCUCAAGUUACUCCAGAUCUCUCUGUGGGGAAACAAGUGUGAUCUGUCCAUCUCUGCCGGUCAGGACAACUCUCAAAAGUCCAGUCCCAUCGAUUCUCUUCCUGAUCUCCAGCGCUUCAUCCUAGUGGAUGACUCCAGCAUGGUUUGGUCAACGCUGGUUGCUGCUCAAGGAGCCGGAUCCUCUGGGAAGAAGCAUGCCAGAGUGGACAUUAUUUUAGACAAUGCUGGUUUUGAGCUCAUUACCGAUCUAGUCCUUGCUGACUUUCUUGUUUCUGCCGGACUAGCCAAGCAAAUCCGAUUUCAUGGGAAGUCCAUCCCAUGGUUCGUCUCAGACGUCACCAAACAAGACUUUGAGUGGACCAUCAUGCAGACCAUGGCGGCCAAUCACAAGUGGAUGUCAGCCAGCGGUGUCCAAUGGAAGCAUUUCAUGAAGGAGGGUACAUGGUCCUACCAUGACCACAUUUUUUGGACCUUGCCCCAUGAGUUCUGUGACAUGGCGGUGGAUGCAGCCGAUCUCUACAGCACGCUCCAGGGCUCUGAUCUGAUUCUCUUCAAAGGAGACCUUAACUACCGGAAGCUUACUGGAGAUAGGAAAUGGGAGCACACGGUUCCGUUUGAUCAAGCACUGAGGGGGUUCCAGCCUGCCCCUCUCUGCAGUCUCAGGACACUGAAGGCUGAUGUUCAGGUGGGCUUACAGCCAGGCCAGGCCGAGAAGCUCAGCUCUCAGGAGCCAGACUGGAUGACUAAUGGCAGAUAUGCAGUGGUUCAGUUUUCCAAUCCAUGCAGAGAACAGUAGGGUCAUUUGUAAAGAAAAGAGAGUUCUCACUUAAGAGAAAAUUGCUUAGAAGAAAGAUAUGAAGGAAUAAAAUGCACUGAAGAUGCUGUUUUAGUUACCAAUAUGCCAAACAAAUGUGGUGUUGUUUCUUCUUUGCUUGUAAGCAAAUCGCAUAAUGAAUCCUACCGAUUCUGCAGAUCAAACACUGAAAUUAAUCUCAACCUAAAUAAUGUCUUUGUUGACCAUCUCUUGAUCACAGUAUAAGAUUUUCUGUGUGUACUGCUGGUCUGUAUUGUGUAGAAGUACAGUUACUUACAACUACAGAUGUAAACAUGGCAAAAAAACAAAACAAAACAAAAAAUCAUAGGAAUCCAUACGUGUUGUUUGGUAUGAAACACAGUAAAUAAAAAAGUAAAAUGCUGAACGUGAAUUUUAACUUCUAGUUCAAUGCUAUUGACCAAAACAACUUUUUCAUGUGUUCUAAUUUAUGGGCUUUGCAUGGAGUGCAUAACUGAAAAUAACCAAUUAAUGAAAACAAUUCUAGUAGUGUAAUGGCAAAAUUGAAUGUAUGAGGGAUUUAAAUGUAAAGGGAUUUAAAUUGCCAUCCAAUGUUGUUGUUUUGUUUUUUUAAACAAAGCACAAAUUCACAAUGAUUUACUAAUGUCAUCAUAAGGAAAUACGUUCUGCAUUCUGGCUGAUGAAAAUAAAAUACUGGCCAUACAUAUCUCAGAGAGUUAUUGUUGUUUACAGUUUGGAUUGACUAGCACUUUCAAAGCAAGUUUACCAGGUUUUCCAGUGUCUGUUGGGAUGAAAAUUGCACCAUGAUGAUUUCAUUUAGCUUAUUUAUGAGCAUGCUGGAAACAGAUGCUAGUCAGGAUACCGUGUUUAUGUACUUGCACUUGUUAAAAUGAUAACUGUUUUGAAAAUGGAAUACCACUGAAUAAAGUUUAGGAAAAAAACUA